UCGCGAGUGGAAGGACCUGCUCGGCGGGAACGGUUUUUUCCUCCGGGGCGACGUCGUCCGAUGGGUGUGUCGGCAGGAGGUGAUAUUUGAAGGCUGCGGGCUGGAGCAGCGCCGCGGAGCGGAGCAGGGGCGCCAACAGCGGGGGACAGCAUGGCCGCGAGGGACCCGCCGCCCCCCACCAGCUACGCGCCGCCCGACGUGCCCCCGGGGGUCGCGCUGUUCCUCACCAUCCCCUACGCCUUCUUCCUGCCCGAGCUGGCAUUUGGGUGCUGGGUCUGGAUCCUGGUAGCGGCCACCCACGUAGCCAACCCGCUGCUUCAAGGAUGGGUGAUGUACGUCUCCCUGACCUCCUUUCUCAUCACCCUGAUGUUCCUGCUGUCUUACUUGUUUGGAUUUUACAAAAAAUUUGAGUCCUGGAGAGUGCUGGACAGCCUGUACCACGGGACCACGGGCAUCCUGUACAUGAGCGCUGCUGUCCUGCAGGCACACGCCACCAUCGUUUCUGAGUCCUCGGACCUGAAAAACUACUUCAUCAACACUACCGCCUCGUUCUUUGCCUUCAUCACCACGCUGCUGUACAUCCUCCACGCCUUCAGCAUCUAUUACCACUAGGGCACCGGCCCCCAGCGCAGGAUUCAGCUUCGCCAUCUGGACGAGACACAAGUUCCCCGGAAGCCAAUGUGGAAUCAUCACGCUGUGUCCCCUUCGGGGCGAGGAGGCCCACUUUGGCAUGUGUCUGGACGCCGUCCCUCUCUGAGGAACAUGAGAAAGCUGUUUCCUUUUUCCUGGGAAAGUAACUGUCUUUGGAAUGAUCUGACCUUGAACCCAGCCCUUCUGGACAAUGAACACAGACGCCCUCACCCUUGAGAGGCCCCCUGGGAGGGGCGGGGCCUGCAGCACCCCCAGAUACGCAACCUGGAAGGCCCUCGAAUUCCUGGGCCGUGUUCCAAGGAAAGCUGGCCCUGUGCACACGGAAAGGUCAAACCAAGGUGCUUUAAAGCAGAUGGCUUCAGAGCAAAUGCUUUUCUAAAGGGAGCUGUGCUCCAGUGGUGUUUCUCCCCCGGAGGGGCUGCCCUCCUCCCCGAUCCAGGCAGGAUGUCCGCACAGCCCAGUAACUGCCCACUGUCGCUUUGAAACGAAUAAAUUAUUCUGUGAACGGAUCUUGUCCUGACGGGUCUGGGGCUUGACGUCCUGUGUCAGUCUUUCCACCUGGGUGGGCGUGGUCUUCAGGAGCUACAGAGGUGAAAACCCCAUCUCUGUCUCCUGGUCACUUUGUCAUUGCCCUGGUGUCUGGAAAAGCCACCACAGAUCUCUCACUUUGUUGGCAGGCAGCUUUCUGGGAUGGUCACUGCUCACUAUGUGCCUAGUGGCCAUGUGCAAAUAAAGACCUUUUGUUCAGUUAA